CUUCGCACGGCGCCUCGCUUCGACGCGAGAGCGUUCCCCGCGGUCGAGAACGCGCGUUCGACACGCGCGAGCGAACUCGCGCUCGGUUCCCGCGGCGGCAUCCCGCGCGUUCGUCGCGUCGUCUCGUCGGUCGCGCGGGAGGAGAUCUCGAACGUCAAAUCUCUCCUUCAAACGGCCGGGACUCGAGACGGGACAGCUCGCCGCGCGUCCGCGUCCCCGCACGCCGCGCGAUGACCGAAGCCGCGGCGAACGCCAUCGCGGCGGGGGUCAAAGUAUGGGUCCCCGACGCGGACGAAGCGUGGGUGUCCGCCACGGUGACGUCCGUGGACGGCGACGACGCGGUCGUCCAGGUCGCGGGCGCGAAGAGCGCGGAGGCGGCGACGCGGACGAUCCGCGUCCGCGAGUGCAACCUCCAGGAGAGGGAAGACCGCGAGGACAUGGUGAAGCUGAAUUACCUCCACGAGCCUGGGGUGCUGCACAACCUCGGGAACCGAUACGGCCUGGACGAGAUCUACACGUACACCGGGUCGAUUCUCAUCGCGGUUAACCCGUUCCAGCGAAUCCCGCACCUGUACGACCACCACAUGAUGGACCAGUACCGAGGGACGCAGCUCGGGGAGCUGUCCCCGCACGUCUUCGCCGUCGCGGAGGCGGCGUUUCGCGCCAUGUCCAAAGAGAAGGCGUCGCAGAGCAUCCUAGUCAGCGGCGAGUCCGGCGCGGGGAAGACGGAGACGGCGAAGCAGAUCAUGCAGUACCUCGCGCACAUGGGGGGAAGGUGCGCGGACGCGGACGGCGGCGAGACCGGCGGCGACGGCGACGUCGAAUUCGACCACGCGAGGCCGGUGGAGCAGCAAGUCUUGGAGUCCAACCCGCUCUUGGAGGCGUUCGGAAACGCGAAGACGGUGCGAAACGACAACUCGUCGCGGUUCGGGAAGUUCAUCGAGAUUCAGUUCGAUAAGCACGACCGAAUCUCCGGCGCGGCGAUCCGGACGUACUUGCUCGAGCGCUCGCGGAUCGUCAACGUCGACGACCCGGAGCGAAACUUUCACGUCUUUUACCAACUCCUGGACGGCGCGUCGGACGACGAGCGCGCGACGCUGCGUCUGAAAACCCCCGCGGACUACCACUACACGAACCAGAGCAGCUGCGCGACGUUAGACGGCGUGGACAACGCGACGGAGUACGCCGCGACGAGGCGCGCGAUGGACGUCGUCGGGAUCGAGAAGCGCGAACAAGACGCGGUGAUGCGCGUCAUCGCGGGGAUCCUCCAUCUUGGCAACGUCGACUUCAAACCGAUCGACGGCGCCUCCGACGACGGGUGCGAGCUCAAGGACGCCGCGUCCGCGACCGCGCUCGAGGACGCCGCGGCGGUGAUGAUGGUGGACGCGUCGCGGCUCGAGAAGGCGCUGAAGACGCGGACGAUCGCGACGCCGGAUGGCGCGAUCACGAAGCCGCUGGACGUGCACGCGGCGCUCAACUCGAGAGAUUCGCUCGCUAAGACGCUGUACUCGCGUCUGUUCGAUUGGCUCGUGGCGCGCAUCAACGUCAGCAUCGGGCAGGACGCGAGCUCGGAGUGCUUCAUCGGCGUGCUCGACAUAUACGGCUUCGAGUCGUUCAAGACGAACUCGUUCGAGCAGUUUUGCAUCAACCUCGCGAACGAGAAGCUCCAGCAGCACUUCAACCAGCACGUCUUCAAGAUGGAACAAGAGGAGUACGAACGCGAGGCGAUCGACUGGUCGUACAUCGAGUUCGUGGACAACCAGGACGUGCUGGACCUCAUCGAGAAGAAGUCCAACCCGCCGGGCAUCAUAACCAUGCUGGACGAGGCGUGCAUGUUCCCGACGACGACGCACGAGCAGCUCUCGCAGAAGCUCUACGCCGGGUUGAGCGACAACCCGAGGUUUAAAAAGCCCAAACGAAGCGUCACCGCGUUCACGUUGACGCACUACGCCGGCGAGGUGACGUACGAGAGCGAUCACUUCAUCGAGAAGAACAAAGAUUUCGUCGUCGCGGAGCACCAGUCGCUCCUCGCCUCGAGCGGGAUGGAACUGCUCGUGGGUAUUUUCGACGUCAAAGCAGACGCGGCGUUGAAAGCGGCGGGGGGCGGCGGGCGGGGGAAAAACGCGAUGAAGUUUUCAUCCAUCGCCGCCGGGUUCAAGACGCAGCUCGCGGAGCUCAUGGCGAAGCUGAACCAGACGAGCCCGCACUACAUCCGGUGCAUCAAACCCAACCAGCUGAACAAACCGAUGGUGUUCGAGAACGCGAACGUCUUGCACCAGCUGAGGUGCGGCGGCGUGUUGGAGGCGGUUCGGAUAUCGUGCGCGGGGUACCCGUCGCGAAAACCCAUCGAGGAAUUCCUGGACCGGUUCGGAUUACUCGCGAAGGACAAGGACGCGCUGUUCAAGCCCGGUCUCGAGGUGGACGUCAUCAAGAGCAUCUUAGCCGACGCCGGGUUGUCGUCGUGGCAGAUGGGGAAGACGAAGGUGUUCCUCCGCGCCGGACAGAUGGCUGUCCUCGAUGUGAUCAGGCACAAAGCGCUCAACGACGCGGCCGUCUUUGUCCAAAAGUUUGUCCGGAGAGGACAGAAACGGAAAGCGUUCCUCGCGACGAAAGCCGCGGCGAACUGCGUCGCGCGGUGGACGCGCGGGAUGCUCGCGCGCAGGCUCGCGAAUCACAUCCGCCUCACGAACGCGGCGACGAGGUGCCAAGCCCGCGCGCGGUGCGCCAUCGCGGUGCGCAAAUUUCACGCGUUGCGGUCGGCGACGGUGCGGAUUCAAGCGCACGCGCGCGGAGCCGCGCAGCGCGCGCGGUACCGCGUGCACCGCCAGCACGUCGCCGCGACGAAGAUUCAAGCGCACGUGCGCAUGUGCGCGCAGAGGGAGGCGUACGUCAGGCGUAAGAAGGCGUCCGUGACGUUCCAGUGCGCGUGGAGGAAGAAAGCCGCGGGGCGGGAGCUUCGCAGGCGCAGGCACGAGCAACGCGAGACCGGGGCGCUGCAAAAGGCGAAGAGCGAGCUCGAGAAACGCCUGGAGCUCGAACGCGUGAAAGCGGAGCUCGAGCACAGACGCCUGAUGGAGAUGGAAGCGAAGCGCGAGAAGGAAGCGGCCGAGCACGCGGCGGCGAUGGAGGAGAUGCGCGCGGCGAUGGAGGCGGCGGCGACGGCGGCGGCGAGGGAAGCGCGUCGCGUCGCGGAGGAGCAAGCCGCGCUCGAGCGCGUCGAAGCCGCGAGAGCGGAAGCCGAGGCCACGGAGGCUGCGCGCGUCGCGGAGGCGGCGGCGACGUCCGCGGCGCUCGACGCCCUGCGCGCGUCCGCGGAGGAGACGGCGAGGGCGCUGGAGACGUCCAAGGCGAACGCCGCGGCGGCGCUGGCGGCGGAGAAGGAAAACGUCGAAACCCUCGCCGCGCGUCUGAAGGCGUCCGACGAGGACAACAGAGCGCUUCGAGAGCGCGUGAUGAUGCUCGAGAACGAGAACGCGCGCUUGAAACAGAUCGCCAAGGAGAACGUCAUGGCGAUGACGUCCAUGAAGGCGGCGGACAACAUGAAGACCCCGACUGGCCCCAAGACGACUCUCGCGGCGGGCGCGGGCGUCGACGGCGGCUUAUCGCCGCCGACGCCGGACAGCGUCACCGGGCUCACCCCGCCCAGCGCCGGCACGGAGCGCGACAUCGAGCGACAGCAGGCGGAACUGGACGCGAAGCGCGCGUCGCUCGCGAACGCGCGCGCGAGCGCGGAGCACGACGUCCUCCUCGAGGUGAUCGACCGAGCCUCCGACGUCGGCUUCAGCGGCGGGACGCCGAUUCUCGCGUGCGUCGCGUUCCGGUCGCUGCUGCACUGGCGCGUGUUCGAGCUCGAGCGCACCGGACUGUUCGACAGGAUCAUGGGCAACAUGUCCGCGGCCGUGGAGGUGACGACGGACGACAACGCGAAGCUGACGUACUGGCUCUCGAACACGUUCACGCUGCUGCAUCUGCUGCAACGGACGCUCAAGACGUCGGGGGGCGGGCUCGGGAGCGCGCGGCGACGCAGCGCCGGCGUCGGGAUAUUCGAGCGGUUCAACAGCCGCCUGCGGUCGUCGCCCGCGGGUAACAGCGCGGGUAAGGACGGGGGCGAGCCCGUCGGCAUCCCGGGCGUGCGACAGGUGGACGCCAAGUACCCCGCGUUCUUGUUCAAGCAGCAGCUCACCGCGUUUGUCGAGAAAAUUUACGGGUUCCUGCGCGACAACGUCAAGCGCGAGAUCACGCCGCAGCUCGGGUCGUGCAUCCAAGCGCCGCGGCUGCGCGGCGGAUCAGGCGGCGACGCGAGUCCCACCGCGAACCAGCUCGGCCCGCAGUUGGGGACGCACUGGAGGACGAUCCUGGACUGCCUCGACGACCUCCUCGCGGUGAUGAAGGCGAACCACGUCCCGACGUUUCUCGUCCGGAAGUUUUUCACGCAAAUCUUUUGCUUCAUCAACGUCCAGCUGUUCAACGCGCUCUUACUCCGCCGCGAGUGCUGCUCGUUCAGCAACGGCGAGUACAUCAAGACGGGCCUCGCGGAGCUGGAGAAUUGGCUCAUCGAGAGCAAAGACCACACCGGGAACGCGUGGGAGGAGCUCCGGUACAUCCGCCAGGCUGUGCAGCUCCUCGUGAUUCACCAAAAGCCGAAGAAGACGCUGAACGAGAUCACCCUGGAGCUGUGCCCCGUGCUCUCCAUCCAGCAGCUGUACCGGAUAUCCACGAUGUACUGGGACGACAAGUACGGCACGGAGACGGUGUCGCAGGAGGUGCUCGUGGCGAUGAAGGAGCUGAUGAUGAAGGAUCAGAACACGAACAUGUCCAACUCGUUUUUGCUGGACGACGACUCGUCGAUUCACUUCACGAUCGACGACAUCUCGGGGACGAUGUCUUCGAUCGAUCUGAGCGUCGUGGAGCCGCCGGAGGCGAUGCGCGAGAACCCGGCGUUUCGAUUUUUGAUGGACGCCGUCGGGAGCGAGUGAUGAGCGCAGAGGUCGAGGCGAGCGCGCGCGCGAGAGCGAGAAGGAGGGGAUCACGGUUAAUUUCUUUUUCUUUUUCUCGGGAGGGAGGGGUGGAGGCGAUGGUGGACUGAUGUCUGGGGCGAGCUAGCGGUGCUUUCAUCGAUCAUCACGACGUGAAAGAAUCUCUACUAGGGCUACGAACUACGAGCAUCCUUUCCGGUC